CUGGCUAAGAUGGGGAGGAUGGAUAGGAUCGAUGGCCUGGACAAAGUGAAUAGACUGGAGAAGAUCGAUAGGGUGGGUAGGAUCGAUAAGGUGGAGAAGGAGGAAGAUAAAAGCGGAUGGAUCAGAAUCUGCACGGGCGUUGACAGUGCCCUGAUUCAUGUUGAUUUCGAUACCACUUGCAAGGAUGUCUGCAGGGAUACUCUGCUGCCUGAAGAUGUCACCAUUUUUGUGCAGUAUGGAGGUGAACCGGGAAGGAGACUGUCGUACCUGGAAAAUCCACUUAGAAUCCAGGAAUCCUUUUUGCGGAGAUUAGGAUACAGAGAUGCAUCCAGACGCAAGAAUUUUGGCAUCGAUAAGGAGCUGAGGCACCUCAUCGCUUUCCACACGGGUCCUGCAGAGCCCUUGGCAGAAUUAAAGGGCUAUACCCGAUGCGGACACGUCCUCGUGCUGAAGGGGUUGGUCUCACCCCAAUGGAAGCGCCGCGCCCUUGCAGUCGUCGGAUCCAGGCUCUUCCUCUACCCUGCCUCUCCCGAGUCGCGACCCGAGUGGAUGGAAUUAGGCUUUGGAACUGACGACCUGGGCCGCACAAUUGGGGGUGGCAGAGGAGGUGCCGUUUGUCACGCACCUCCUCGACUUGGCAAACUGGUACUUCGUGUCACUGGUUUGCCCAUGAUGUCACACGAAGAACCCCCAAGGCCCCAUCCCGAGGCCAGACACCUGUACCUGGGUUUCCAGCACCCCUGGGACAGAGACCUCUGGCUUGGAUGGCUUAGGAAGGCCACGUCGGUGGCUUCAGGGUGCAGCGGAAAACUGGACCUCGAUAAGGUUGGACUGUCCAGGAUCCCGGAGAGCGUCCUCGCCUUUUCGGUAGAAGAGCUCCUCCUCGGGGAGAACCAGCUGGCCUACCCCGAGAGCAACCUGGCGGUCCUACAAAGAUUCCAGAACCUCCGUUUCGCCAGCCUGAGGGACAACGGGCUGGAGGCGAUCCCUCGGGAACUAUUUGAACUGAGGGGACUUACUCGCCUGGACCUUUCGGGAAAUAGGAUCCAUCGCGUCCCCGCUGAAAUCAGCCGAUUGGUUAACCUCGAAGAGCUAAUCCUGGAUCGAAAUGAACUCACGGACCUUCCUGACGAGAUAACCGAGCUGACGAAUCUGUUCGGCGUUUCCCUUGUGGGGAAUUCUUACGGAUCACCGCCGUCCUUCUUGGAUAUGCGUGCUCUUCCUCUGACGGAGGUUCUCUCAAGAGGAGGGUCCGUUAAAUCGUACAAAGACGACAAGGAUGAUCGAGCCAAAUUGCACGAGGUCAACCUCAGGAACAACCGGCUAAAAGGGAACAUAAUUUUGGGGAAUUACGGCAACCUCACGCAGCUGGAUGUCAGCGAGAACAGCAUCGAGAAGCUGGAUAUCGGCGCUCUUCAGGAACUACGAAUCGUACGCUGUGCUCGAAACGCACUUACGGAAUUAAGAGUCUGCGGUAGGAACCUGGUAUCACUAAUCGCUGGUAAUAAUAAACUGAAGAAGCUGAUCAUCGAGCCAGUCCCCACGAAUCUGGAACAUCUCGACGUCUCUUACAACGAGCUGGAUGCAUUGCCAGAGUGGAUUCCGGAACUUCCAGUUCUGCGAGCCCUUUUUGCGUCCCACAAUAGCUUAACGGUGCUACCGGACAAGCUGCUAUCUCAGCUGACAAGGUUGGAGGUUCUUCAUCUACCCCACAACAGGCUUCAAGCCCUGCCACCACCUGGCAGGACCUUAAACAUCGUUCACCUGACCCUGCAAGGGAACGCCCUAACGGCGUUGCCAGCCAAUUUCUUCGCCAACACCAAAACGCUGAAGAUCUUGAACCUAUCAAAGAAUCGUCUCUCCGAACUCAUAUAUCCCGAGGAAGAUAAAAAUCCUCGAUUCUGUAGUGCCCUGGAGAAGCUCUACCUCACUGGAAAUUGUCUCACGGAUGCUGCACUGGAUGCACUCUCUAAAUUUACCGCUUUGAGGGUUCUUCACGUCGCCUACAACACGUUGGAUACUCUUCCUGAAAGUUGCGUCGCAGCGUGGAGUGACCUGGAAGAGCUGGUCUUAUCUGGGAACCGACUUCAGUACCUGCCGGAUAACAUUGCCAAUUUGCCCCAUUUGCGGGUUCUUCGAGUACACUCCAAUCGACUGUUGUCCUGUCCAGCCUUCGACAAAUCUUUGAAUCUCAGGGUUCUCGACGUGGCGCAUAAUCGGCUGGACCGAAUAAAUCUAGCAACUUUGGUGCCGCCGCAGUUGCAAUUCCUCGAUAUAUCCUGCAAUUCCCGAUUGCACGUCGACCCCCGUCAGUUCCAAGCAUACAGAUCUCACAGGCCCGUUUCCCUGGUGGACGUGUCGGGGCAAAAUAGAGUAAACUUACCCUCUCGACCUGAGAAUGGAGAAAGCAAGGAUCCCCAGGACAAGGACGACCGAGAAGCCACCUCCGAUGGCGGCUCGGAUCGACCCUGGAGAGUCGGCUUCUCCGAGACUGCAGGAACCCGAGAGAGACUUUACGUCACGCAGCUCCGAAUGCCGUCAUUCUGCAACACGGAGGGCCUGUUCGGGCUGUUCGACGGGGGAAGCAACCAGACAGCUCCAGGUAUCCUCCAGGAGGCCGUGCCGCGACUUCUUCUGGAAGAAAGGACUAUUAGGGAGACCUCUAAGGACUACCUGAAGUACACCUUACUAUCAGCACACAGGGAGCUGAAGGAAGACGGGCAAAAAUACGGAGUGGACGCCACAUUGGUCCACUUGACUUGCCAGCCUUCCUCUCGAGGUCAUCCUCGAUCCUUGAAAAAAUACACCCUGAGGGUGGCAUCCUCAGGAGACGCCAACGCAAUUUUGUGCAGAGCCGCUGGUCCCUUGACCCUAGCCUGGCGAGGAGCUAGAAAGUUGCGAGAGCGUCGUCGUCGACGACGACAGCGACCUGUACCGACGUCGACGUCGACCUCGGCGUCAACCUCGCCAUCGUCGCCGCAGCAUCGAUUGGGACAUUCGGCGAUGUUCCCACUGGUGGUGCCCGAUCCCGUGGCCGAAGAGGUUCCUCUGGAAGACGACGACGAGUUCAUCAUCCUGGCGAAUCGAUGGCUCUGGGAGGUCCUGGGCGUCGAGGAGGCCGUUAGAGAAGCCAGGGCGGAAGCGAACCCGGUACUUGCAGCAAAGAGGCUGCAGGACCUGGCACAGGCCUAUGGGGCUGAAGAGAACCUCAGCGUCCUCGUCGUGCGACUUGGGACGGGCGGAAGCACCGCCCUGGGGGGUGUCCCCGGUCGCCUGGGUGCACAGGGAUGUCGUUGCCCCUGCUGCAGGGCACCGGCACCUCACGAAACCCCUGCGCCCUGCUGCUGCCACGGCACUGACCCUCGGUACACGAAUGGAGUCCUCAAGAGUCUCAUCGACAGGUCGCUGAACGAGAAAACUCGUAACCUCCCCGCCAGAGAGUCGAAGGACGAGUCAGCGUGCGAUGGCUCAGUGUGCGCGGAUGAGCGCGGUUCUCCCAGCGGCCAGUCCGGACAGUCUGGCCAAUCCGGCCAAUCGGGGAUCUCCAGCCAGUCCGGCCAAUCGGAGUCCAGGAUGCGGGCACAUGCGCGGCCCCGCAUCGUCGACGGCUCUUCGGCGUCGUCGCGCGUGUGGACCGGCAGUGCGGCCUCGCGCGCAGCAGCGAAAGCGCAGGUGGAUCUCUCGGUGGAGAAGGAGGACGCCUUCGAGAGGUCAGCGAACCUCAGCGAGGAGCAACUGCGCUGCUGGGAAUAUAUGCUCGAGCAGAACACCCAGCUGCUCUUCGAUAAGGAGCUGGACACCCUGACGACGUCGCCCCUGCACAGGGGACAGUCGAGGUCGACGCCGCAGCUCGCCGUGAACCUCCCUUUCCUUUCCAAACGAUUUGGCAGCGCAAGGGCCUUCGAACAGCGAGGAGGCCCCAGGGUGCCAACGGGACCACCUCCAUCUGCGAGCCGCCUUAACGCUGCGACGAGAAGACCUCCCCAUGGGGGUCCGAAUGCCGCGUAUUUCGGAAGCCUGCAAAGGCUCAUGCCCUACAACCUGGAGUACGACUUCGCCGUCAUCCGAGAAAGGGGCAGUGGCCUUGACUCCUUGGAGCAGGAUGCGUCGAGGAUGCAGCAGUACUGGGGUGUCGCCACCACGGAACUGUGAUCGCGCAUUUGUCGUUGAAAUUAGGUUUUAAGGCGAUAUGAAACUGGCGUCCGAGGGGUCAAUCGUUCGACACUUUUCUCAUAACUAGAUGUGCCGAAUUGUUUGAAAGUUUUCCACGUGGAUGUAGAGGUCCUAAGGAAGGUCCCUACUCCCAUGAAAUUUAAUAUUUAUUAUUGUUUAUAACAGGUUUUUAAUUUUUUGUAACCAAGUGAGAUUUUAUAGGUGUCGGGACCUCUCUUAUGGUUUCUACAUUCACGUGGUAAAAUUUCAAACGAUUCGGUACACCCAGGUUACAGACAAGUUUCAUAAACGAUUAAUCCGAGGGAUGUAAUUGCUGAGUGCAACGAAACGCUCUGAUUGGCUUUCAAUUUUACUCUGAAAACUAUGAGCAGCUGUUGUAAACACGACUAAUUUCAAUUUUAACCGGAUUCUUGGGAGGUGCAGAAUAUCUAUUUUAUUGCUACAUCUACUACCUUUCACGGAAUGCGGUACUUGAGUCAAACGAUGCCGGUGUAUCAAUUUUUUUACCUUGAGAUACAGCAAGAAACAUAUUUUAUUGAGGAGUGGGCACAUUGUAGCUGCAAUAAGAGAAGAGAAAUUCCUGGUAUUGGUUUUUUACGAGCCUUAUACCUUUCUCUCCGCAAAACCGAGUCUCUGUAGUCCAUUCUACAAUUCCAGGUGCAUGAAUCACCUGGAGAGAACGACAAAUUGCGAACGCAAAGCGUUCGUUUUCUGAAAUCGAAUACUCCAACACAUCGAAUUUUUCAUACCGUUACUACUUAAGGCGAUGUCAAAGUGACAUCUCAUUUAUGAAACUUUUCUCCGAGAUGGUUGUACCGAAUCGUUCCAAACUUUACACUAUGAAAAUGGAGGCUAUUGAAAAGGUCUUAACAUCCAUGAAAUUAAAAUUAUUUUUUCUAAUUUGCUUAUAGAUUUUUUUACAUUUUUUAUAAACAAUGAAAUGUCAUGAAUGGCAAAACCUUCCUUAGAGCCACUAUAUCCGGGGUAUAAAAUUUGAAACGAUUCGAUACACCCAGUUUGGAGAAAAGUUUCAUGAACGAUUGACUCCUCAGAUGCCACUUUCAUAACCCCUUAAAUCCCUGGUAAUGCCACACAACUGUACAUUUUGAGAGAAGAGUAUUAUUUUAACAUUACUCGUGGCAUUAACAGUGAUAGUAGUAAUUGCGUUACCGAGGUCAACGUACAAAUAGCGAACAAUAACUGAAGACUGCAUAGACGAUUACGAUAUAGUGACAAUGAAAUCUAACGAUCGGCGCCGUGGUGCUGAUAUCUUGUAAAAAAAGAUGUUUUAUAAUUGGACAUAAAUUGUGAAUAAUAAAACGCGUUCGAAAAUUAACCCAAAGUCCCUCAUAAAUUAGGAAGAGAAUUCUGAUUUCCGUCACGGUGCAGUCAUCGUGCAGCUGCUCGAAACAAAGAAUAUUAUAAAUAACUAAAAUCAUGACAAAUUCAUCCGUUUUGCGAAAUAGAAUAUGCGACAAUCUUAAAACAGAGUUGACGCAAAAUUGUAGAUACAAUAUGCCUAUAUUUUUUAUUUUGCACGACUGCAUUUCCUAUCGUAACCGCAAUGUCAUUUUUUUUUUCACGAAGGAUGUAAACAUUGUGUUUGCGACCAUAUCGGCUAGUCAAUAAUUAAUGCCGUGCGGUAGUUUCCUAAUUAUCUUUCGAGUUCGAUUCGACCUGGUUGGCCAAUCGUGUUUACACGAUCGGUGACGAGUUUCUUUACUAUCUCUGUUUGUAUUGCGGGAAACAAGUCGCGUUCCACAGUCUGCGAAAUGUCUUAAGAUAAGCCUUCAAGUACAUACAUCUCGGAGUCAUCAAUAGAUUAUCGCCUCAGAUCAACUGAUCAACGUUUCAUGUUGUUUAUGCAAAAACACUCGUGCUAGAUCCGCAAUCAUAUAUCGCCUGAUGCUGAAAUCAAGCUUCUCUAAUUAGGAUCCUUAAUUUUAACGAAUUCGUAAAAAUUCCAAUUUAACAGCGUGUCGUGCACUUUUACCUCCGUGAUUAAAUAUCUGCCACGUGAUCUAAUCAUUACCGCCGUUUCUAAAGGAAUAAUUAUUACUAUUUGGAAUAACCGGUAAUUAAAACGUUUCGCUUACUUGUGAACGCAGAAGAGCCGGUAAAAACGGUCAUCAACUCUAUUUGUACUUCUUUUUUAAGUGAAAUUUCUUACGUCACUGUAUUACUUAUAAAUUCGCAUGUUACGAAAGAGACCCAUUUCGAAAAGUGAAACUCUUCUAUUUUACAAUUAAUUACAAUCUAUAUUCAUCUUCGCGUUUUAAUACGAACACAAUUUGCGUAAACAUUCUCGUUAGUGAUAGUGCACAAUUCUCUCAUUUAAGAUGAAAUAUGAAUUAUGCAAAUAGGAAGUAAAAAGAAUUAUACCGAAAACACCCAGUACUGGUAAUUGGCGAAAGAAUAAUUAAUAGUAAUUAAUAAUAUCCGAUUCUCAUCAAGUUUCACUUCCAACUCAGGUGACGCAGCGAUUUUUGUUUUUCUAAGAACUGUUGACUACUCCACCUACAAAAUCCAAACAAUAUGUGCAGGAAUUUGGGAGAUUCUCAAAAGUCGUAAAAGGUUACAAUGUUUACGAAGAGAUAUGCGACAAGGCCAUUACUCUGAAUUUCGAGAGUAAUACGACUGAUUCCUAGCUUCUGCUUUCGCGGUCGGCGACGACCUUCACUCGGGUUUCCUAAAGCACGCUAUCACCGGUGUUAUUUUUAUAUUCACCGAGCUCGCCAGUAACAGUCGGUCGCUCCGCGCACACGUUGCGCUUUCCGACAUCGCGAACUAAUUUUCUAACUAAAACAAUUCUCCGAGAUUGCAUAAUUACAAAGAUAUCGCGACCGCUGUGGAAAUUCCGGACUUAAUUCUCUGAAUAAAAAAAAAAAUCGUCUCAAGCGUUGUUUCUCCAAAACAAAUAAUUCCAUCGUCAAAUAAAAACACAUUACCUCGUGGUCCUUAAAAUUAAAAUUAUCUAGAAUGCUCAGCGCACGCGGACAUUUUUACACGUUAACGCUGCACUUUGCCGCGUGUUUUUUACAUGUUAAUUGGACCAAGUCGAGACAAGGGGGAGGGACUUCAUCUCCCUUUUUAUUAUUACUCCGAUGUGUCACUGUUAUUGCGUGGAACACGUGUCAGUGGUCCAGUGCGCCUUCGGUUCCGCAUCGUGUAAAGUGAUCUUUCCGAGAGCGCGCAAGCACAUCCGCUCUCGCUCGCCAUUGGACGGCGACUGAUGGCGCUACGAGAGUGCGCGGAGCAGCGCGGGGCGCAAGUCGGGACUGCGCGUGCGCGGGAACGCUCGCGCGUAUUUCUCCCUCAAUCUGGCAGCGCGACUGAAAUUUUAGUCUGUUGGCGGGCGUCGAUCGCACAGGUGCGUUUUGUUCUGCUCCAUCAGAAGACGAAACCGCCGCGGUUCCUUUUACGCCCGUCCCGAAUUGACGGUCCAUCCUUAAGCAGACACUGACCAACACGUGGCACAAGCCGAAGGAGAGUGAAGCUGAUCGUCGGUCAAGGGAACCAAGCAAGCUGGAGAAAGGUACCACCACAGAAGUCGUGCAGGGACAUAUGUACGACAUGAGGGGGACUAAACGAGACUGGAUGUUCAGGGUUCAGACGCCCCCAUUGGAGAAGAACGAAUGUGUGUACGUGGUUGGUAACGUACCUGAAAUAGGUGGUUGGAAUCAUAAUCAGGCUUUACAAUUAACACGAGAACGUAGUGCAUCGGAUUUGUGUGUACUCUUUGACGGCAA